UCCUAGACUGGCGUCAAGAACCGUUCCCUGCAAAGGAACAGCCAUGAAUGCAGCAACAAUGGCCUACUUCAAGCUAUCAAUUUUGCCGCUCCAAGAAAAUUCAAGACUCCUAUUUGCGAACAAAUUCUCAAAUUUUCCAACUGCAGAGAAAAGAAAUUCGACAAAUAGUAACAAAACCAAGCGGCCCACUAAUUUUUACUGUUCACACUCCAAUACGAUUGCUGUAGUAUCACCGUCGGAAACUGAAGAAGAUGGAAGUGAUGAUAAUGAAGAAGGUGGGCAGAUGUCGUCGCCGGCUAUGAUGGGAAGCGCGCCUCCGGUUAGGCGGAGGAGGAGGAGGUACAGGAAACUAUGCCCUGGCGAGAAUAAAGGGAUAACUGAAGAAAUGAGGUUCGUUGCAAUGAAGUUAAGAAAUAGCGGUAAACCCAAAAAGAUUAAAAAGGGAAGAGGAAAUGCUGAGAGCAUUAAAGAAGUGGAAACUGGGAAUUCUGGGGAAGACCAAAAGGAUGUCUCAAUUUCAGAGGAAAAAGUGGAAAAGGAUGAUGAUGGUAGCAAUGCAAAUGAAGAUAUAUGGCAGCCUUGUCUGGAAGGUUUUUUGAAGUACCUUGUGGAUAGCAAGCUUGUUUUUAGUACUAUUGAGCGGAUUGUUGACGAGUCCAGUGAUGUUUCUUAUGUCUACUUCAGGAAAACAGGAUUGGAGCGAUCAGAAUGUAUUGGAAAAGAUCUAGAAUGGUUCAGCCGAAAGGGUAAUGCCAUCCCAGCACCCAGCAAUCCAGGAGUCACUUAUGUCCAAUAUCUGAAGGAACUUGCUGAGACGAGUCCCCCUUUGUUUCUUUCCCACUUUUACAACAUAUACUUCUCGCAUAUAGCUGGAGGGCAAGUUAUAGCCAAAAAGGUCUCAGAGAAGUUGUUGGAAGGAAGGAAGCUGGAGUUCUAUGCAUGGGAAGGGGAAGAACAAGAGUUGCUAAAAGGUGUGAGAGAGAAGCUCAACAUGCUUGGAGAGCACUGGUCUAGAGACGAGAAAAAUAGAUGCCUAAGAGAAGCAACGAAGGCAUUCCGGUACCUUGGUCAGAUAGUAAGGUUGAUAAUUUUGUAAAGAAAGCAGAUUUGAAUCCAAGAUUGUAUAUUGUUCUCUUGUAGUAAGCCUAUGGCAGAGCCUUUCAAGUUAAAGAUGAAGCUCAUCACUUGAUUGUGGUAAUCAAUUCAUUUGACGUAGGUAGCUCUUUUGCUUGCGAGUUGCGGCAUCCCUUCUUCACUUCUUCCAAUGCGAAGGAUGUUUCACCGGAGUUGAAAACAUCAUCGAAUGCUAAUACAUGAGGCAGAUUGAAUUUUGUUCAUUUUUUUUCAUCGUUUCCUUUUCCUUUUUGCUUGCGCUGGUUCAUCUAUUCAUUUGUUUCUGUUUCUUAA